UACCAAGCAAGGCUACAGUAUGGACCUUACGAUUUCAGACAAAAUGGCGGAUUGCAACCUAGUUGAGCCGACAGUGAAGGAAAUUGAAAUACCUGUACCCUGGGGAGUUAUCAAAGGCAAAUGGUGGGGCCCUGAAGAUAGACAACCCUACUUGGCCCUACACGGCUGGCAAGACAACUGUGGGUCAUUCGAUGCACUUGCCAGUCAACUAGCACCAGCUAUCAGCUUGCUCUGUAUCGACCUGCCUGGCCACGGUCUCUCAUCACCUUAUCCACAGGGCAUGACCUACUACAUAUUCUGGGACACAAUGGUGCUGAUACGUCGCAUAGUCAACCACUACAAGUGGCGGAAAGUCUCACUGAUUGGCCACUCGCUAGGCGGAGCAGCGGGCUUUCUCUACGCCGGCGCCUUCCCGCAGGACGUCGACAAACUCAUAUCCAUUGACAUCGUGUGUCCCCGAAUUGCUCGAACCGAAGUGCUCAUGAAGCAGGUGCCCGAUUGUAUUGACAAAUUUCUGAAAUACGAGGGCCUGCCGGAAAGUAGCCAGCCACGCUACGAGUACGACGAGAUGGUGCAGAUAGCAAUGGACGCCCACAAUGGAUCGCUGACGAAGCAGAGUUGCCAGACUAUGAUGAAACGAGGGAUGCAGCCGUCACGGCAAAACAGUCGAGAAUUUAUGUUCACACGGGAUCCACGAUUGAAGCCAUUAUGGCAAAACAAGGAUCCACGAUUGAAGUGCAGGUCUAGCAAUGUUCUCGAAGACCAGGUUUACGCCUACGCCGACAAAAUCAGCUGUGAGUAUCUCAACAUUCGCGCCAGGCCUUGGAUCACAUUCGAACUGCCCGAGGUCUACGGGAAACUACUAGACAAAAUCCGGAAGACUUCGAGAAAACACCUGCUUUGCAUUGAUAUGAUUGGGCAUGGCAGAUCUUCUCACUUUCCUAAGGGUCAUUUGUACUACUUCUUCUGGGACGCAGUCGUGAUGGUACGACGCAUGGUGAAACACUUCAAAUGGGAGAAAGUGUCAAUCCUGGGCCAUUCAAGGGGGGGAUCUAUUGGCUUCAUGUACGCGGCGUAUUACCCCACCGAAGUGGAGUUCUUGAUUUGUUUGGAUAUAGCCUAUCCGAAAUUGGAACCCAUAGGGAAGAUGGUGGAUGAUACAGCCAAAACGGUUGACAGGUUCCUACGCUAUGAAACGUUCUCGGAAGAUAACAUGCCUUGCUAUGGAUAUACUGAGAUGAUAGAUCUGGUGGAAUCUGCUUAUUUGGGGUCAAUCACCAACGAAUCAGCCAGGAUUCUCAUGAACAGAGGCAUGAAACCGGCGAAAACGAAGAGGGGAACUUUCAACUUCACCCGAGAUAUACGAUUAAAGACUGGCAGUACCCUGGCCAUGAUACCAGAGGACUUAUCACGUUCCAUGGCCGAAAAGAUCAGCUGUGCCUAUCUGAACAUAAGAGCAGAUGAAGGCUUCUACACACCGGACGCUCUAUACGACGACAUUUUGGAGACAAUUUCAAAAAACGCGCGCCAUUUCGAAAAGCAUACCGUCCCUGGUAAACACCAUGUACAUUUGAACGACCCGAGUCAGGUGGCUGAAAUUAUAUCCAAAUUCCUUUUGGACAGAGAAGAGGAGAAGAAGAAGAAGGAUGAAGAGGAGGAGGAAGAAGUCGAUGAAUUUGAGCCUGAUAAUCCGUAUUUUUGAAACACAGAGAAGGGUGAAGAGGAGAAAGAGGAUGAAGUAGAAGAGUGGGAUAGUCCAUGGUAAUCAUCUCAUUCACUUCCAACUAGACCGAGAGAGAGAGAGAGAGA